CAUGCUUCAAGAGACAUCAUUGCUUACGUACUAUAACCUCUCACGCAUUUCUGCAGGGUGAACAAGAAGCAAAUCUUCUUCCAUUUUGCUGUUUUUACUUUCUCCAUCUCUUCUCACCAGUAGCAAGUAGCAUGCAUCUUGAGAUUCUCCAAUAUGUCGGCUGAUUUGUUUGCCGAGUUUGCCAAUAGCAACCCGCCACCUCCACAGCAGCAACAACAGCCACCCAUUUCGGGUGUCCAGGGGAAUCCGCCUGCGGCAAAGAGCCCCUUCGGCUUUGGCUUCAACGACUUUACAGCGGCAGCAGCCUCGCCAAUUGAGAGCUGGCCAUCAAUCCCAUCUCAGCCAAGCGGAGCUGGCAGCUGGACAACGGCUCCAGCCUUGUCACAGGCGACGCCAGCUCCGCAUGCGCUGAACGACGCUGAUGACGAUGGCUGGGGAGAUUUUGAGACUGCGGAGCCUACUCCGGCAGUAUCUACAACAAACAAGCCUUUUGGCUCAUUUGGGGGCGCGUUUGGGGAGUUUUCCGCGCCCCCCAAGGAGCCUGAUGUCAGAAAUAGAUUGGUCCGAGCCCCUACCAUCGACAUCAUGACCAAUACCUUGGUUGAUUUCCAAGCGAAGCCUGAGCCGGAUUUCCAGCCAAAGCCCAGCGAAGAUUUCUCUUCAUGGAAUGUGAAGCAAGGGAGUUCAAGAUUCCCCAUCAAAUCGGCACCAAAAGAUCCCAACGUGCUCUUCGAUGUGGACGAUUUUGAACUUCAGGUGCCAGAGGCUGAUGAGGACGAGGAUGAUUUCGGUGAUUUUGAAACGGUACCGCCACCACAACAAAUACAGCCCAAACAGAAUGCUGUUUCUCCCCCACCGGCGUAUUCUGCCAAUCCUGCACCCUUGCUAGAUCUGCUCUCUCUUGAUGACCCCCCGGAACAACAGCCGAUCAAGCAGGUCACUAAGAAGCAGCUACCUGCCCAGCCCCUAGGGGCACUGAGCUUUGGAGCUGUCCCGUCGACGACUACAAAUCCACCGAAAUCGCCAUCAUUCCAAGAGCGAAAUCCUUUCCCGGAUCUUGAAAUAAAGACAAAUCUGACAGCUGCUGCCGUUGCCAAGAAGAAGAACGAUACACCCAAAUCAGCAACACCGGUUACUGCUUGGCCGCCGGUCAGUCAUGGGAAGAAACCAUCAAUUGCUAAGGAUUUUGACGACGACUGGGAUGCCUGGGAUGACACUCCCAGCAAGACGAAUAUUGGGAAAGAUAAAAUUUCUCAGUCUAGUCAGGCCGAGAACUGGGAUUGGGAUGCUGGUGAUAGCGCCGAAUCUACUGCUAUAAAAGGAAGCGAUGAUGAUCCUCCCCCAACCAAUGUCCCACCUCCAUCAGUCAUCCUGUCUGCGUUUCCCAAUCUUCUUAGUUCAGCGAAUGUCUUUUUCAAACCAAUUUCCGGCCAUAGUGCCUCCAUAAAGCAGCAAGUUCUAUCUAACCCCAAAGCGAUACACUUCCUGCAGGGAUAUAUCCUUCUUGCCACCACAGCCGCCCGAGUAAUCGCUGGUCGAAAACACAGGUGGCACCGAGACAAGAUCCUGGCCAAAAGCAUGUCCAUAUCGGCCGCUGGUAGCAAGGGUAUGAAGCUCGCGGGCAUAGAUAAAACCCAGUCAGCACGAGAAGACAGAGAGGCAGCGGAUGUGGUUGCUGUUUGGCGUGAAUAUGUAGGACGCCUGCGAUCUGCCGUUGCAGCUGCCAAUACCGAGGGAAAGCUCAAUCUCAAGGUCCCUGAGCUGAGCGAGAAUAUGCUAGUCCAAACAGCCAAGAUGGUGCCAACAGGGCCUAAACCGUGUGUUAUAUGCGGCCUGAAAAGGGAAGAGAGGGUGUCAAAGGUCGACUAUGACAUUGAGGAUAGUUUUGGAGAGUGGUGGGUUGAACAUUGGGGCCACAGGGCUUGCAAGAACUUUUGGGUAGAACAUGAGCAGAAAUUACGGCAGCGUUGACAUGAGCGAGAGGUCAUACUUGAGUUAAUGUUAUAUUUUAGAUAGGUAGUUUGAAUCAUAGCAUGGCCAUACCUUAUGCCUACUAAAGCACGCCUCUGGUGAGGUGGAAGAGAUGGAUAAUAUAAACUAAUACCAAGCUAACCAUACAUUACGUAGAUAGACAAUAUUGAAGAAGAUUCGAACAUCCGA